CGCAAGUAUGCAAAGCUCACCCCAACCCCACCCAGCAAACCCGCUCUUUUUUUUUUGUGGGCGAAUAUAUAUAGCUUCUCUCUCUCUCUCCCUCUUUGACAUUUUAAAAAAAAAUGGCCACCGAAGAAAAGAAGGAAAACGCUCCCCCUGCAGCAACCGAUACACCCACCGAUGCUGACGCUGCCGCUGCUGCCAAGAAGGCUAAGAAUGAGGCAAAGAACGAAGAAAAGCGUCGUGCAAAGCUUGCCAAAUUCGAGGCUAAGAAGGCCAAGCAAGAGGCAGAGAAGAAGAAGGCCGCAGCAAACGAAAACAGUGAAAAGAAGAAGAAAAAGGCAGCCAAGACUGCUGAACAGCCCGUCUUUGUCAACAAGACGCCUGAGGGUGAAAAGAAGGACAUGUCCGAACCUAUGGCCGGUGCCUAUGAUCCACACGCUGUUGAGUCUGCUUGGUAUCAUUGGUGGGUCAAGCAAGGCUACUUUGAGCCUGAAUUGACCGAGGAUGGCAAGAUCAAGCCCGAAGGUUUGUUUGUGGUUCCUGCACCUCCACCCAACGUCACCGGCUCGCUUCACAUUGGUCACGCCUUGACUGUCUCUAUCCAAGAUACGCUUGUGCGAUGGAACCGCAUGUUGGGCAAGACUGUCUUGUUUAAUCCCGGUACAGAUCACGCCGGUAUUUCGUGCCAAUCUGUUGUUGAAAAGAAGCUUUGGAACGAGCAAAAGAAGACGCGCCAUGAUUUCGGUCGUGAGGCAUUCGUUGAGCAAGUGUGGCAGUGGAAGGAAAAGUACGGUGGCAGAAUCCAUGAGCAGUUUUACCGUCUUGGUGCUUCGUAUGACUGGAACAGAGUUGCAUUCACCAUGGAUCCUAAACUCUCGAAAGCUGUUCGUGAAACGUUCGUCCGCUUGCAUCAGGAAGGCACCAUCUAUCGUGCCAACCGUCUCGUCAACUGGUGUGUGCGCCUGAACACUGCCUUGUCGAACCUCGAGGUCGAAAACAAGGAAUUGCCUGGUCGCAUCCUGAUGAACGUGCCUGGCUAUGAAGCCAACGAAAAGUUCGAAUUCGGUGUGUUGAACGAAUUCGCCUACCAGAUUGAAAACUCGGACGAACGCUUGGUGGUUGCUACCACGCGUAUUGAAACCAUGUUGGGUGAUUCUGCCAUUGCCGUCCACCCCGAGGAUCCUCGCUACAAGCAUUUGCACGGCAAGUUUGCUGUGCAUCCAUUCCUCCCUGAACGCCGCAUUCCUAUUGUGACAGACGACGUUGCUGUUGAUAUGGAAUUCGGUACUGGUGCUGUCAAGAUCACACCCGCCCACGAUUUCAACGAUUACGAAGUCGGCAAGCGUCACAACCUUGAAUUCAUCAACAUCAUGAACGACGACGGUACCUUUAACGAAAAUGCGGGUCCUUACACGGGCAUGAAGCGUUUCCAUGUCCGUAAGCAGAUCGUUGAGGACUUGAAGGCCAAGGGCUUGUUUGUGGAUGUCAAGGAUAACCCAAUGACCGUCCCCGUGUGCUCCAAGUCCGGCGAUGUCAUUGAACCUAUCAUGAAGCCCCAAUGGUGGGUCAGCUGCAAGUCCAUGGCUGAUGCUGCUAUCAAGGCCGUCACCGAUGGUGAAUUGAAGAUUGCUCCCAAGGUCUCGGAAGCCGACUGGUUCCGUUGGUUGGGCAACAUGCAGGACUGGUGUAUUUCGCGUCAGUUGUGGUGGGGCCACCGUGUGCCUGCCUACUAUGUCAAGUUUGAAGGCGAAGAUGCUACGGAUUAUUCCGACAACGAUCGCUGGGUUAGUGGUCAAGACGAAGCUGCUGCUAAGAUCGAAGCUGAAAAGAAGUUUGCUGGCAAAAAGUACACCUUGGAGCAGGAUCCUGAUGUGCUUGACACCUGGUUCUCUUCUGGUUUGUGGCCAUUCUCUCUCAUGGGUUGGCCUGAUAAGACCGACGAUUUCGAAAAGUUCUAUCCUUCGUCGUUGUUGGAGACUGGUUGGGACAUUUUGUUCUUCUGGGUCGCCCGUAUGGUCAUGCUUGGUAUCAAGUUGACCGGCAAGGUGCCUUUCUCUGAAGUCUUUUGCCACGCCAUGAUCCGUGAUGCUCACGGCCGUAAGAUGUCCAAGUCGCUUGGUAACGUCAUUGAUCCUGUCGAUGUCAUUGAAGGUAUUGCCUUGGACGGUUUGCACGCCAAAUUGCUGGAGGGUAACUUGGAUCCUCGUGAAAUCGAAAAGGCAAAGGCUGGUCAAAAGACCGAUUACCCCAAGGGUAUCCCCCAGUGCGGUACCGAUGCCUUGCGUUUCGCUCUCUGCGCUUACACUACCGGUGGACGUGACAUCAACUUGGAUAUCCUGCGUGUUGAGGGUUACCGUAAGUUCUGUAACAAGAUCUGGAACGCUACUCGUUUCGCCAUGAUGAAGCUGGGUAACGACUUCCAGCCCAAUGCUGAUGCCAAGCCCACCGGCAACGAGUCCUUGGCUGACAAGUGGAUGCUUUCCAAAUUAAAUGCUGCCGCAAGAGACACCAACAAGGCACUUGCCGAGCGAAACUUCAUGGCUGCUACCAGCGCUGUCCAUCAGUUCUGGUUAUACGAUCUCUGUGAUGUAUACAUUGAAAUCAUUAAACCCAUCUGCGACUCCACCGACGAAUCGAUGGCCAAGCAAAAGCGUGCUGCUCAGGAUACCUUGUACACUUGUUUGGAAGGUGGUUUGAAGUUAAUGCACCCAUUCAUGCCAUUCGUGACCGAAGAAUUGUAUCAGCGCUUGAACCGUCGUGCUGGCGACAAGGUCGAGACCAUUGUCAAGGCCCGCUACCCUGUUGAAGAAGCAUGCUAUGCAUUCGCCGAAGCUGAAAAACAGUUUGAUGCCGUCUACGAAGUUGUCAAGACCGUUCGUAGUAUAGCCGUUCAGUUCAACGUCAAGAAGGAUGGCGUUGCUUACAUCCACACCGAUGAUGUUGACUUAACGACCUUGCUCAAGGGCCAAUUACUGGCUGUCAAGGCUUUGUGCAAGGGCAUCAAGGAUUUGACUGUCCUUGAAAGCAGCGAUAAGCAGGAACCUGCCGAUUGCAAGAAGGCUUUAGGUCUCAAGGAUAAGGUCGCUGUAUAUCUUAAGGCUUAAAUCUAGAGCGUGUAUCUUUUGGGUUAUUUUGCUUUCAUGCUUUGUUUCUAAAUCGUCUAUAUAUUUCUUUCUCUAUACUUUUUGUUUUUAACUCCAUCUUCCAUCGCAUGUUACUAUAAUAAUCCUGUUUGUAUAUGUGAAAUUUCUCCUCAACUUUUAUAUUGUGGAUGAAAGUCUAUUCAAAAUCUCAUCAAAUUUAUUGGAAAUGAAAUGUUCUACCUGACAGACUCAAUUGAUUUUGAAUAUUUCUGUGUAUGUCCUGCUAUGCAGGGGAACACAAUUCGUGUACCCGCCGACGCGAAAUGGAUGAUCGAGUAUGACAGGUAAUGCGACGUGUAAUAUGCUUUCUUUUUUUGUAAUAAAGGAUGGAUG